UCUGGUAGUGACGCUGCAUCUACAAAGCACUUGCAAAACUGGCUUAGUUUGAUGCUGGUGUCUCUGACUCGCGAUAGCUGAACACGUUAACCUGACUUACAAAACUGGCCGCAUUAUGUAAAGGAUGAAUGAUUGGAUAAUUUGGAUAAGCAAUCAUCUCUCCCCCCUCGUAUCCAACCAAUACGAAGAGAAGACUGAAGAGGGCUGCUAAAUAUAAUCCCCUUAAUCAUCAGUUGAGUUCUCGAGCCACUAGCCGUUGAAAUCAUUUUUAUUAUUUUUAGAACUUGCUAGUGGUGGAGGAAACCCCUUGAAAAUGCUACUUCGCUAUGAAAGAACAGAGUAACAAUUAUCUCAUUCAUCCCAUACUAUUACUACCACUAAUGCUAUCUGAAUCGCUACCGUUAUGGCCUUUACACCGGUUUCCCUUCGUGGGUUGUUCUCUCACUCCCUUAUUUCUCACUUCCCGCGAAAAAUUCCAGAAGAAACUACUCUCAAAACUCUCAGGAAUCUCCAUAAGCUGUUUGUUGCGGACACUGGCAGACAGAAUUCGGCUUGUUUUAGUAGUUCAGCAAUUUGUCGUGCCGUUGAUGAUUCUUUUAAUGGAGAAACUGGUAUGAAUGUAAUACAAGAAAUGGGCAAGAAAAAUGGAUUUGAUUUUCUUCAUGUAAUGGAAGAGCGUGGAGUUCGUGCAGAUUGUAAUACAUAUAUUUGGCUUUUGGAGGGGUGUUUGAUUUCUGGGUCGUUAAAGGAUGCCAAAAGGAUUCAUGGGAGGAUUUUGAAAUCUGGGUUAUGUGAGGAAUCUAUUUUGUGUGGUAAGCUCAUUGAUUUUUACUUGGGUCGUGAUAAUUUAGAUGAUGCAAUGAAAAUGCUCGAUGAAAUGGCUAUUAGAGAUCUAUCUUCUUGGAACAGCAUGAUUUCUGGGUUUCUUGACAAAAAUUUGUACUCUCAGGUAUUCAAUUUAUUUUCGGAUAUGAUAGCAGAGAAUACAAGUCCCAGUAAUGUUACUUUUGCAAGUGUUCUUAAAGCUUGUAGUCGUGGCAAUGUCGCUUUUCGGUGUGUUGAGCAGGUGCAUUCGAAAGCUAUUCACUAUGGUUUCGUAACAGAUCCAUUAGUUGGUAACCCUUUGAUUGAUUUGUACUUCAAGAACGGAUUCAUAAAGUCGGCUAGGUCAAUCUUCGACGAACUACAUUUGAGGAACAGUGUUUCGUGGGUUGCUAUGAUUUCUGGCUGCUCUAAAAAUGGACAUGAAGAAGAGGCUAUCCAGGUUUUCUGCCAAAUGCUGGAAUCAAGGACUGUGCCAACUCCAUAUGUGUUCUCUAGUGUCUUAAGUGCAUCGACUAAAAUAGGAUCAUUUGAGUUGGGUGAGCAGCUUCACGCCCUGGUUUUCAAGUGGGGCCUUUCUUCUGAAACAUAUGUUUGCAAUGCACUUCUAUCCUUAUAUUCUCGAUGUGGAAAUUUCCUCUCUGCAGAAAGUAUUUUUACAGAAAUGAAUACUCGUGAUGAAAUCACAUUUAACUCACUUAUUUCCGGGCUUUCUCAACAUGGGCAUAGUAAAAAAGCGCUUCAGUUAUUUGAAAAGAUGCAGCUAAGUGGUAUGAAGCCAGACUGUGUUACCAUUGCAAGCCUCCUGAGUGCAUGUGCUUCUCUUAAAGAAACUCACAAGGGUCAACAGCUCCAUUCAUACUCCAUAAAAGCUGGACUGUUAUCUGAUAUCAUCGUUGAAGGUUCUUUACUUGACCUCUAUGUUAACUGCUUCGAUCUGCAAACUGCCCGCGAGUUUUUCAAUUCUACAACAACAGUAAAUAUCGUCUUAUGGAAUGUGAUGCUUAUGGCUUAUGGCCAAACAGGUAAUUUAUCAGAGUCUCUUGAGAUAUUUUCCCAAAUGCAAAUUGAAGGCUUGAGACCAAAUCAGUAUACAUAUCCGAGUAUAUUAAGGACAUGUACUUCUCUGGGGGUUAUGGAUCUUGGAGAGCAGAUCCAUACCCAUGUCAUCAAAACUGGCUUUGAGCUUAAUGUGUAUGUUUGUAGUGUUCUUAUUGAUAUGUACGCCAAACAUGGAAAGCUUGAUAUAGCACGAGAAAUCCUCGAAAGGCACCCAGAGAAAGAUGUUGUCUCGUGGACUGCCAUGCUUGCAGGAUACGCACAGGAUGGGCAAUGUGUUGAAGCUAUUAAACUUUUUGAAGAGAUGCAGAUCCAAGGAAUUCGAUCUGACAAUAUUGGGUUUUCUAGUGCGCUUAGUGCGUGUGCUGGAAUUCAAGCACUUAAUCAAGGGAAACAAAUACAUGCCCAAACUUACAUUUUUGGUUAUUCAAUGGAUCUUUCAAUAGGAAAUUCUCUUGUUAAUCUUUAUGCUAGGUGUGGAAAAAUGCAAGAUGCUUAUUUGGCCUUUCGGAUAAUCGACAAUGUUAAAGAUGAAAUUUCAUGGAAUGGGCUGAUAUCAGGAUUUUCACAAAGUGGGCAUUCCGAGGAAGCUUUACAAGUAUUCAAUCAGAUGAAUAUGUCAGGGGUGAAACCAAACUUAUUCACAUUCUGCUCUGCUGUUAGUGCUUCAGCCAAUAUAGCAAAUAUAAAACAAGGGACACAACUGCAUGGUAGGAUGAUCAAAACUGGAUUGGAUUUGGACACCGAGGCUGCCAAUGCAUUGAUCACACUAUAUGCCAAGUGUGGAAGCAUCGACAAUGCGUGGAGAGAAUUUUGUGAGAUGCCAGAAAGAAAUGAGGUUUCAUACAAUGCAAUGAUCACAGGAUACUCUCAACAUGGAUUUGGAAAGGAAUCCUUGGAUCUCUUUGAGGAAAUGAAACAAAGGAAUGUAAAGCCUAAUAAUGUUACUUUUGUUGGUGUGCUUUCUGCUUGUAGUCAUGUGGGUUUGGUAAACAGAGGGAUUAGUUACUUGAAAUCCAUGAGUGAAGAACAUGGGAUCGUUCCAAGACUUGAACAUUAUGCUUGUGUUGUAGACAGUUUUGGACGGGCAGGGAUGGUGGAGCGUGCUAGAGAGUUCAUCGAAGAAAUGCCAAUCGAACCCGAUGCGAUGAUUUGGAGGACCCUUCUUAGUGGUUGUACAGUUCAUAAGAAUCUUGAUAUCGGGGAGUUUGCAGCUAAUCAGCUUCUACAGUUAGAACCAGAAGACUCUGCAACUUAUGUUCUCCUAUCAAAUAUAUAUGCAGUCGCCAAAAAAUGGGACUUGAGGGAUCACAUGAGACAAAUGAUGAAAGAAAGAGGAGUGAAAAAGGAACCCGGCCGUAGCUGGAUCGAGGUAGAGAACUCUGUCCAUCCAUUCUUUGUUGGUGAUAGGCUGCACCCAUCAGCAGAUCAUAUCUACGAUUAUUUAAAGGAUCUUAACAUGCGGAUUUCUGAAAUUGGGUAUGUGCAAGAUCGAUACAGUCUUUUGCACGACAUUGAACAAGAGCAAAAGGACACUACUGUAUACAUUCACAGUGAAAAGCUGGCUGUUGUGUUUGGUCUCAUUAGCUUAUCACCGUUGACACCGCUGCGUGUAUUUAAGAAUCUUCGGGUGUGUAAAGAUUGUCAUAAUUGGAUGAAGUUUGUAUCAAAAGUUUCUAACCGAACUCUAAUUGUCCGAGAUUUAAACAGAUUUCAUCACUUCAAAGAUGGAGUUUGUUCUUGUAAAGAUUUCUGGUAAUCCAUUGCCUGGUAGAUCCCAAGGGUCAUUCAUGCCUGUGAGCCUGUCAUAUUUUUUCAUCAAUUUCGGGGACAGGUUUUUUGCGGCGUUUUAGUAGAAAGAAAUUUGUUUCGAAGUAGCCAAGCUUGACAAACAGGCCAAGGUACAGGACGGAAUUGAAGGGUGCCUAUUGGCAAAUGUGUAGCAAUUCUGGUAUGUUUAACUGGAAACCUCAAAACUCGUGCUCAUGUUAAUCAGUUCAGGUGGAAAUCAAUAUUUUCUUCUCACCUCUAUGUGAUUAACUAUUGAGGGUCUCAAAUUUAGAAGAGAAUAAGCAGAAGAUCGCCUAAAGCUUUUUUUGAUUCAGGUGUAAAGUAUUAAAAUGAUAUGUUGAGGUAAUAUAAUCCGGAAAUGGAAUAACAAUAUUGAUUUCUUCAAACCGGGAAGAGAAUAAGCAGAAGAAGGCAUUUGUAGUCAGGUGUAAGUAUUAAAAUGAUACUGUAUGCAAGUAAAUUAUGUCAGAAAUCAUAUACAAAUGUUGAUUUCUCAUACGGCAGUAGUGACGAUUUACUCAUUUCCUUCCUCUGUUUUAGGAUGAGUUCUUUGAGUCUUUGACAAUCUGAACUUGGGGUUUUCUACUUUAACAAGUGUAAAGAAAGACAUUUCUAGUUCGCCUUGUCUAAUGAGAACAGUGAAAUUGUUCUGGCCU